AUGACUCUCCAUUUUAAACUGGCAGGGAACCAAUAUGCCACUGUCAUCAGUGCAUAUGCUCCAACUCUUGAUGCUGCCAAUAAAACCAAGGAGGAAUUUUACACCAAACUUGACCAAGACCUUUCUGAAGUUCCAGAAGGAUACAAAGUUAUUUUUCUCACUGAUUUCAAUGCCAGAACUGGCCAGCAAAUUGUGGAGUUGGAUACUUUCAACCAAACAUGGUGGGAAGAAUUAUAUCAGGCAACGAAGCAAGGCCACAUUCUUGGCCUUGGCAAGUUUCAUUACAGGUUCAAACAAGAACAAGCAAAAGAUUUGUUCACGUCUGUGGUGGAACUCUCAUUCACAAAAGCUGGAUUCUCACUGCUGCCCACUGCUUUCAGAAGUAAGAAGGAAGAAGAUGUUGCAAAGUGGAGAAUUCUUCUGGGAAAGCACAGCAUUAACCACGCUGAAUCUACAGAAAGGGUCUACCAUGUGAAACGAAUUUAUCGGCAUGAGCAGUUCCGCUAUCCACACCUGAAUGAGCUAGACUAUGACAUCGCCUUGGUCAAGCCUGUGGAAGACAUUGUAACAAACCAUUUUAUUCACUAUGCCUGCCUGCCUAAGAGAGACAGCCAUCUUCGUCCAGGACAUUUCUGCUGGGUGACUGGAUGGGGUGACACACAAGGUGGGAAUAAAAACCUGACUUUGUCUGGAGUUUUGAAUCAGGCCAAGUUACCAGUCAUAGAUUUCAACACGUGUCGCCUGCAGAAGUUCUGGGGAGACAGAGUCCGACAGUCAAUGAUCUGUGCUGGAUUCAGGGAUGCUGGUGGACCUCCUGCUGCCUGCCAGGGAGAUUCAGGUGGACCACUGGUUUGCCAAAUUGGAAGAGAAAAAUGGGAAGUGCAUGGUGUAGUUAGCUUUGGACCUAUUGGAUGCAAAGCAGAGAACAAACCCAGUGUCUUUACCAGGACUUCUGCUUUCAUUUCUUGGAUUGAAGCAAUCAGGAUCCAGGAUCAUUUUUUGUAAAGAUAAGAUGUAAACUAAAGUU